GAGCAUGAUCGCCACGGAAGCAAAGAAAUAUAAAAAAUUGUGACCAAGACCCAAAGGACAAAUACUGUUAAUUCCCUUCCACAGCAUCUAUUCCAGACCAAGAGAUACAAUGGAAAAAGAUUUUUGAACCAUCCCCUCUGUGUGGGCUAAAAUUCAGAGUAACAUGAACUGGCAGCUGGUGAUUCCUGGCUUCAUCAUCUUGACCAUUAAACUCGUCGGAAUGUCCCUGUUCAUUGUAUAUUUUUCACAGAUCUUCUCCACUGAUGACUCAACAGAGAACUCUUGGUCUUCAACCAGCAGUGGAAGAACAGACUGCCCGAUACGGUGGACUUUUCAAACGGGAAAAUGCUACUUCUUUUCUGUUCAGGAAAAGACUUGGAAUGCCAGUCAAAGAGCAUGUUCUGAAGCAAACUCUAGUUUAGUGAUCAUCAACAGCAAAGAGGAACUGGAGUUUCUCCAUAGUAACACAAAAGCUGAAGAUUACUUCAUUGGAUUGUCAGUCAGAGGAGCUGAAGGUAGAUGGAAAUGGAUUGACAACACAGAGCUUAACACAGACAUAUUUAUGAUACCUUUGAAUAGUGACACCCCUACUUGUGUUGUAAUCGGAUUAACUGUUGUAGGUACUAUAUCUUGUUCUGUACCAAACCGCUGGAUCUGUGAAAAGAAAGCAUAACAGCUCCCUUGGACAGAGGAAGACUCUGGGGCUAACUGGAACUUGGGUGGCACUGUUUAGUGGUUAGAGCAAGCCAUUCGGAGUCAGGAGACAGGUUUUCUUCUAUACUGUAUCGGCUGAAAGGCCUUGGCAUAGUUACUUUGGCUUUUUGUGCCUCAGUUUUCCCAUCUGUAGAAAAAGAAUAAUAGUAUCCACUUUUGUAAAGUAUACCCUUGAGCUCCUCAGAUGACAUGCAGUAUGGUGGUGCCAUGUACUGAUGUUAAUACCCAUAUAAUGCUGUAUUCACACAAACUUAAAUAAAUCACUCCCAUAUAAAAUUGCAUAGAGGCUAAUUCUCUCUCUUACACACACAUGCAGUCGGGACUAACUUACCACUGACAGAAGCAGGUGCAAUUCUAUUGACUUCAUAAUAAAAUGCAGAGAAUCCUUGAAUUAAAAUAAGCAUGACAGAUAAAAAGUGGAGGCUGAAGAAAACAAAAGUGGUGUUGGAAAUGACAAUGGUUAAAAACACUGUUAUGUAGGAAGGUUUGGGGGCAGAGCAAGACCUAUGCACCUGGAAGACCCUGUUCAGACCAAGGAGAUUAGAAUCCUUGGAACUGUUGAGAACAACAUAAUUUUUCUGGAGGCCCUUGUUAAAAGCAAUAUAGCAGCUCAGCUAUAUUUAGCACUUUGGUAGAGCUUUAUGGGCCUGAUUCUCUGCUCACUUUCACAGGAAUAACUUCAUUAAUGUCUAUGGAGUUACACCAGUUCAAAAUCAACCUGGCACCAGGAGUAAAAUCUUGACCCCACUGGAAUCAAUAGCAAAACUCUCACUGACUUCAAUAGGGUGAGGAUUUCACUCCUAAUCGUGUGAGAAACGCACAAAUAUUAGCUAAUUAAAGAGAACACAGUUUUCUGUAGGUUGAACACUGUUGUUACUGACCACCACAAUGAAACACAUGGAAGGUACACCACAAAGGGAAGUACAAUGCUUGACACACUUCCUGUGAUGUAUAAAACGGAAGAUUUUAAAUAGCAGCAGCUGUGGUGAGACGCUAAGAUCAUAUUAUAGAUGGCACGAAUUGUUAAUGUUUCUGGACUUAAGCCUUGUGAUGCAACAGGGAAGUCAAAAAAUUGUAAAAAAAAAA